CUGCACUGCAUGCUGUUUACACGCAACGAAGAAAAUGAUGUAAUUUGUCUAGCCUUCUUCGCCUUCGUUACAAAUAUUGUAUUCGCGAUGUUUCGUCUUUGUUUCACCGAUGUGUUAAGAACAUUAAAUAAUCAAAAUGUGGCUUCUCAGAGGUUUACCCUAUCCAGUCUUAAGUAUUACCAAAUAAGUUUUUGCCAUACAGCACCUGCUGAAACAGUCGUUCAUCACGGAGCCCAAGGAACCGGGAGAAAUUUGCAUCCUGUCCAAGCAAGAGCUAUCAUCAAUCAAACAUUUGUUUCAGUUUCACAUAAACUGAAACUUCCUUCGCUUAAGCCAGUUUACACUACAGUUCCAAUCCAUGGCAAAGGAAACUCCAUGUGGAAGACUGUAUUAACUCUUAGAUGGCCAGAAAAACUAAGUUUUGAAGCAAUCGGCAGGAAUAAAAAAGAGGCAGAAGAACUUGUUGCCCAACAAGCUUUGACUGUUCUGCAUGAUUCCAAGAUUAUUUCACCUAGUGGAAAGUUGUUGUGUGAACUAAGCACACAUAGGACUCUUCAGUCAACAGAUAAACUAACUAUUAUCAAUGAUGAUGCAACAGCAGAUGCUAGUGGCUCUUGUAUUAAACAAGAGGAAAUGGCAGCAAUUGAGGCAAAAUUUCCCAAUUUUAAAUCAACCUUGCUUAAUUGUUUUAUGAAGGUUUCAAAUCACAUGAAGAACGCCAAUUUUAUCGCUCGACCGGCUUUCAAGCGUGUGAAAAAUGGAUCAAUUUCCGACUGGCAAGCAAGCUAUAGCUUGAAAUGGCCUGAGCCGAAGGAAUUUUCAGGAAUCGGAACAAAUCGGGCUGAAGCUGAAAAAUUAGCGAUUCUCUCUGCACUUCAUUGGUUGACGGAAAAUAAUUUCUUGCAUCAAAAUGGCUAUCCUAUUUUAUAUUCCAAUGAAGAGCUCAGUAAAAUGAAAAGCGCUGUAACAAGUCCUGCUAUUGUCAAAUUACCUCCAGCAUUGGUGAAUGAGCUUGACGAAAUUCUGAAUGAUUUCAAAAAAAUAAAGCCGUUAAUGGAUGAGGAUCAAAUGUUCUUUGAACGAGAAACUGCAGCCGCAAAUAGCUUGAUUUCAGAAGAUGAAAAGAUGAUGGAGGAGAUUGACGAGGAACGUGACGUGGAAGAAUCCAUUGACAAUAUACCUACAUCGUCAAGUAAUGAAUAUGGAUACAAUAAAGAUGAUGAAUCAUCAGUUGAUCCAAUUACCGGACGUAAAGUCCUACCGCUAAGCUCUGCGGAGAUCGAAAAAAGAUCCAAUGAGUUAUUUCUCAGUGCACAAACGAGGAUAAUAGAGAAAGGUGGUCCAGUCAUUCCUUUUCUACCAAUCGCGGAAAAGCGCGAAGCCAUUUUAGAUUUAAUCGAACAAAAUAGGGUUGUUGUGCUGAGUGGUGGUACCGGAUGUGGCAAGAGUACACAAAUGCCCCAGUAUUUACUGGAUUCUUAUGCGCUGAAACAUCGUGGCACUGAAUGUAAUAUAAUCGUUACACAGCCUCGUCGGUUGGCUGCGCUUUCUUUAGCUCAAACUGUUGCCAAUUAUCGAGGAGAAAAAAUAGGUGAGAGUGUUGGCUACCAGGUGCGACUGAAUUCCGUACUACCGAGGCAUCCACUGGGUCGUAUACUCUUCUGUUCAACCGGAAUUCUUUUGCGAAGACUUCAAGCUUGUCCAGACAUGUCGGGCGUAUCCCACCUAAUAAUCGAUGAAGUGCACGAACGCGACUGUUUGACCGAUUUUACGCUAGUUAUUCUUAAAGAUCUUUUGCAAUCGAACCCCUUGUUAAAGGUCAUCCUGAUGAGUGCCUCUCUAAAUACGGAUCUGCUGUCACGUUAUUUUGAUUCGGCUCCGCUGAUCCACGUUGAAGGAAGAACGUUUCCUGUUCAGAGAAUUUUUUUACCUGAAGUCCAAAGUUUGACCAGAGGUUUUGGAGAAAGAAAUAAUACCACGAAUAUCAAACCAAUGGUUGAUCAAGCUUUAGUAGUGAAACUAGUUCGUUAUAUCGACAUAAACAAACCAUCACAAGGUUCCAUUUUAAUUUUUCUACCUGGUUGGGCAGAAAUUAAAAGCCUUCACUCUAAGUUAAAGGAAUUUUAUCCUAGUGAUGAAACUCAUUGGAUAUUACCGGUGCAUUCCCGACUUUCACAGGUUGAGCAAGAGCGAAUAUUUGAUCGCCCACCUGAGGGUGUCCGGAAAAUCGUUCUAGCAACCAAUAUAGCUGAAACUAGCUUGACGAUCAAUGAUUGCGUCUACGUGAUCGAUCCUGGUGUUCAUAAAGAACUAAGGUACAAUUCACAACGGGGUUCUGCUGUAAUGGAAAAUCAAUGGAUAGCAAAAGCUAAUGCACAACAACGAGCUGGACGUGCCGGACGUGUUCAACCAGGAGAAGCAUUCCAUCUCUACUCCGAAGAGAAGCAUGAAGAAAUGGAGCGGUUUCCGCAGGCAGAAAUUCUUCGAAUACCUCUGGAGAAGGUUGUCAUGGAUAUUAAGGCGUAUAAUGAAAAUUUGAAGUCGAUUGAUUUCUUAAGCCGAACGCUAGAGCCUCCUUCACACCGAGCAAUCCGAGUUGCAAUCCGAGAACUAGAGUCGAUAGGUGCAUUGGAUGAGCAUGAACGACUUACACCACUGGGACGUCGUAUUGCUCAGUUUUCAACACAUCCCCGUUUGGCCAAAUCACUCGUGUUUGCUACUCUUUUUCGCUGUUUGGACCCAGUGGCAUCUAUAGUGGCAGGACUCAGCUCAGCACGUGAGGGCUGGUCGGUGGAAUCGACAGUUGACAACCAAAGACAAAUUAUUCGACAAGCGAAAUAUCGAUUCCAUCCCACGAGCGAUCACUUGGCUUUGGCCAGUUUGAUGAGGCAAUUUCGAAAUCAACGUGGUCGGUAUGAGGUCGAUGAAUUCUGCGAAAAUUUCCAAGCUAAUGUGAAAUCACUUUACUUCCUCAAAGGUGUGAGGAGCUUGUUAGUUGACCAUUUGAAGGAUGCGAAUUUACUCGGUGAUAGAUCGCAUGCCGAUUCCAUUCGUCAUCCGGUGAAUCAACAUGCAGACAAUGAAGAAAUGAUAAAAGCGGCUCUCGUCAUGGGGUUUGGUGAUCGCAUUCUCCGAGUGCGUAGGGGGAAGAUUGUCAAGGGGAUUAUCAAAUCUAACGAAUUAGUCAUUUUAAGCGAGAAACACGGUCCCGUUCACAUAGUGCCUGAUUCAGUCAACGCAGACGGUAAAAUCAAAUCCGAUUUCAUGAUCUACUUCAACGGGAUUUUUUCAACGGAACGGAAAGCUUUCGUUGUAAGAGAUACAACCCAGAUUUCAAAUAUGACUGCCGUGUUAACGGCUGGAAGAUCAUUCACUGCAGGGAGUCAGUUGGACGAAGUUAGCGACAGUUCUUCUGCAAGUAUUACAAUCGACGAGAGUGAAAAUUUACAAUUCGCUUGUUCCCCAAGAGAAACGCGGUUACUAAUGGAACUUCGAGAGUCGUUGUCUGAUACCUGUGAUUUUCUGCUGCGGACUGCAGGAUUACGUCAAACGAAUGAGCUUACGUCAGUCGUAGGCAAAUUCCAUGGUCGACAAGUUGACAUGCUAGCUCGUUUGUUAUCAACAAAAAACAACUAGGUAAAAGUGAUUAGAUAAUGAUAAUUUAACAAUAAACGUCAGUUUUGUUAUCAACUUGCAAUCUAAGUUAAGUGAAUCAAAACCAAGCCAAAGCAGCUAUGUGCUUAAAGAUGAAUCAGACUUUAAAUGUUUAUUCCAUACAUGGUCCUAAAAUAAAAAAAAUAAAAAAAAAACAAUGUAGUCAGUAAUCUACUGGUAGUGUCCACGAGGACAGCGAAGACCACGUGAAGGGUCUUGAAAUGUGCGGGAAUACUUUAGCGCCAUACUCCUUAGAUUCACAUCUCACACAAGCGGAUAUAUGGUUCCUCAUCCUCUGGACUGCCCAAAAGGCCUAUAGACCUUUUUAAGAUUCCUCGGUGUAAGCAGAGCGAAAAGUCGUGCGGCUAGUCGACUAGUGCGCACCAUGGCGGGGGAUAGCCGUAACUAGCUGCAGACUUGGCUUGAUUCUCCGAAUCACCUUGUUGUUCGGCUCUAUGUUACUGUAGUCUGGCACUCUGUGUUGUAUGUCAAACCUAUUGCGUUGAUUUCUCGAAAAGUUAGGAAAUGGUUAAUGCCAAGUGUCUUAUAUGUUUUUUUACUCAACAAUCUAAAUUAGGAAAAGGACGGAAGUUCUACAAAAUACCAGAGUACACUAAAUGUGAUAGGUUUUCUGAUGGUGACAAAGUUCUCAUUGAAAAAAGAAGAAGACUUUGGAUGCAACUUGUAGAAAAAAACUUACAUGGAAGAAGUUGCAACUAUUUUGUGUGUUCACAUCACUUUGUCUCAGGUAGUUAUUAUUGUAAUUCUCAUAGUUUUCAUCCCUUAAAGUAAGGCAGACUACAGUAACAUAGAGCCGAACAACAAGGUGAUUCGAAGAAUCAAGCCAAGUCUGCAGCUAGUUACGGCUAUCCCCCGCCAUGGUGCGCACUAGUCGACUAGCCGCACGACUUUUCGCUCUGCUUACACCGAGGAAUCUUAAAAAGGUCUAUAAAGUUAAAUGUGAGGUGCGUGGCAAUUUUGAAAUGACUUCAGGUCGAUAAGCGUCAACUAUCACUUGUGCUUGCAUUUUCAGCACCUUCAUUUGGUUCCUCAUCCUCUGGACUGCCCAAAAGGCCCUAUAAAGUUAAAAAGAGAAUAACAAGCCUGCCCAAAAUGAUCUUGCAAUUGUUUACCUCUAAAACACCAGCCAGAUAUUCAGCUUCAUCAGCUAGAGGUUUGAGCAUACUGUUUUCAGUUUUAAGGGUAUUUACCUCACUUUUGAGGGUAUUUACCUCACUUAUGAGGGUAUCCCGUUCAAGAUGCAGUUUCUCAUUUUCCUCUAAUGCUUCGGCAAGGGCAACUCUUCUUGUUUCGGCCUUGGUACUGUAAUAUUCAACGUCAUUCUCAGCUGGAAAAAAUACAACAAUUGUAUGGUUGA